AGGACCUGCUAAUUCUCACACAUAUCUUCCUUAAAGGGCUUCCAGACAUACCGCAUACACCCCUCCACAUUGCCAACAACAGCCCUGAGUCCUCUCAUCUGCCCCAUCAGCCCUAGGUCCCUGCAAGGGCCAUUCCUCCCACUCCAUCCCCUGACUAUCUCGACGGAGGUCUCCGGCCAUCACCCCGCCGUUUUGUGUGCUACACACAUGCCUUACCACGCCAAUUACAACCUCCCGCCUUAUUCCCGUGCAGCAAGGACACAAAGAGCUCACUUGCAACCCGCAGCGCCAACUGGCGCAAGGACACCGCCAACGCUUCAGCAACAACCGCAAGCUACACCCCAGUGGCUACGAUGGCUGCCUCGAACAGCAGCAACGCCAGCCUCGUCGCUCUGGUCAACGCCGGCGACGCAGGACUACGGGCCGCCCUCUCCGCUGACGCCCGCGCCAUGUUCUUCAAUG